UGUCUCUGGGCCUAGAACCGACGAUACAUCUGUUUUUGUGAACUAGACCCGUUAGGCCGUUAUCAAGGACCGGACCUUUUGUUGGAACAGCAGACGUUCCACCGUCGUAAACCGGAAUCUGCACCUGUGCCACCGUAAAUAGGUUUUCCGAUGACAGUUGAAGUUUCGAACGGCGUAAUGGAGUCUAUAUCCUCUAAAGAUGAUAACAAACAGACUUCGAAGAAAUCGCGUGACGCUGAACGCCGUCGGAGGCGUCGGAAACAGAAGAAAAACAAGUCCGCCGGUGGAGAAGAUACGGCGUCCGGUAACGUUGCUGAGGAUCGUGACGGAGUUGUUGGAGAUGAUAGCGCAAAAGAGAAUUCGGAUCUUCAGAAGGUCAUGGAGCAAGUUGAAAUCGAGUACAUCCCCGAAAAAGCAGAACUUGAGUUUGAUUUGGACGAUGAGUUCAGGAAAGUGUUUGAGAAAUUUACUUUUAGAGAAUCUACUGCUUCUGAGGAGAACGAUAAGAGUGAAGGAACUGCUGUUAAUGCUGUACCAAACAAAAAAGCUAGUUCGGACUCGGACGAAGAAGAACAAGAAGACCAACAAAAGGAGAAAGGUGGCGUCUCAAAUAAAAAGAAAAAGCUUCAGCGCCGUAUGAAGAUUGCUGAACUUAAGCAGAUUAGUUCAAGGCCGGAUGUAGUUGAGGUUUGGGAUGCCACCUCAGCUGAUCCUAAACUGCUGGUUUUCCUCAAAUCAUAUCGUAACACUGUUCCAGUGCCGAGACAUUGGUGUCAGAAGAGGAAAUUUUUACAGGGAAAACGGGGUAUUGAGAAGCCGCCGUUUCAACUUCCCGACUUUAUUGCUGCCACAGGAAUCCAGAAAAUUAGACAGGCUUAUAUCGAGAAGGAGGAUAAUAAGAAGCUUAAACAAAAGCAACGUGAGCGGAUGCAGCCGAAAAUGGGGAAGAUGGAUAUCGAUUAUCAGGUACUCCAUGAUGCUUUUUUCAAGUACCAAACUAAACCAAAACUGACAUCACAUGGUGAUCUUUAUCAUGAAGGAAAAGAGUUUGAGGUAAAACUUAGGGAAAUGAAGCCCGGUACCUUAUCACACGAACUAAAAGAAGCACUAGGAAUGCCAGAAGGUGCCCCGCCUCCAUGGCUUAUUAAUAUGCAGAGAUAUGGUCCUCCGCCUUCUUAUCCACAUUUAAAGAUUCCGGGACUGAACGCUCCGAUUCCACAUGGGGCGAGCUUUGGUUAUCAUCCUGGAGGUUGGGGCAAACCUCCUGUUGAUGAGUUUGGACGCCCUGUCUAUGGAGAUGUGUUUGGACAACAAGAAGAACCACCCAACUAUGAGGAAGAGCCAGUUGAUAAGAGCAAGCACUGGGGUGACCUAGAGGAAGAAGAGGAGGAAGAAGAAGAGGAAGAGGAAUUGGAAGAGCAAUACGAGGAAGAGGAAUUAGAGGAUGGAAUUCAGUCUGUUGAUAGUCUCUCAAGCACUCCAACUGGCGUAGAGACCCCAGAUGUGAUUGACCUUCGCAAGCAGCAGAGGAAGGAACCCGAGAAACCGCUUUAUCAAGUUCUGGAAGAAAAAGAAGAGAAGAUAGCUCCAGGAACUUUAUUGGGAACAACACAUACCUAUGUGAUAGGUGGUGCCCCGCAAGACAAGCCAUCUGCUAAAAGGGUUGAUUUACUUAGAGGUCAGAAAACAGAUCGGGUUGACGUCUCAUUGCAGCCUGAAGAGUUGGAGCUCAUGGAGAAUGUGUUGCCAUCCAAAUACGAGGAGGCCCGGGAGGAAGAGAAGCGCCUUAGCCAACGGGAGGACUUCAGUGACAUGGUUGCCGAGAAUGAAAAGAAGAGGAAGCGAAAGAUGCAUGAGAAAGAUAGCAAGUCGAAGAAAAAGGAUUUCAAGUUUUAGAAAGCUCGUUUUCUCUUUCGAUUGUAAAAGAUGUGUGGAGUAUAAUGCGUGGGUCAUGAAUGUAUGUACGUUCUGCUCGAGACAUUUUAGGAAAACAAAUGUGCAUUGGAUCUGCAUAAACCUGUACUACUUUAUACCCCAUCAGUCAGUUUAGGGAGCUUUUGAGUUUGCUUUUUAAAGCUACUAUAUGUAUCUUGAAGUAAUCGAAUUAUGCCUUUUGAAAUA